AUGUAUGAUGAAGCAGAAAUGAGCCGUCAGGAUGAUAUUUUAAUGGCUUAUAUGUCACGUUGGCGCAAUGGCCAGUUUUAUACCUCUCCAAACGAGGCGGUUCUCGCCCGGGAAGGGGUCGCGCAGCCCCGCUGCGGCUCCGGCUCCCCGGUACCUGCGCCGCGGAUUCCGUACCAGCGCCUUCAAUUAGGGGGGAUGAGUUUAAAGUUUCUUUGUUUGGCACUAGGAAUUGGAGGGGCUCGGGGUGAAAAACCAUUUAAGUGUGAAUUCGAGGGCUGUGACAGGCGCUUUGCAAACAGCAGCGACCGCAAAAAGCACAUGCAUGUGCACACUUCCGACAAGCCCUAUCUCUGCAAAAUGUGUGACAAGUCCUACACGCACCCCAGCUCCCUCAGAAAGCACAUGAAGGUCCAUGAAUCAUCCUCGCAGGGGUCCCAGCCUUCUCCCGCCGCCAGCUCAGGCUACGAGUCCUCCACCCCUCCAACCAUCGUGUCUCCGUCCACAGAAAACCAGACCGCCAGCUCCUUAUCCCCUUCCUCCUCCGCAGUCCACCACACGUCCAGCCACAGCACGCUUACAUCAAAUUUUAACGAAUGGUACGUCUAA